AAAAAAUCCAAUGGAGUUUUUUUUUCAAUAGAAGCAGGUUACCAUGGUUGGGAUUUCUGUUGAAUCAAUAGCCCAGGUUGGUUCAGUUUUCUGAGCAUUUUCACUUGAAAUUGUCGUGUGAGAAAGUUUUUGUGUUUGAAAAUGGAGGUGAUGGAAGAGGGAAAUCUCAUGGACAGGGUUCCUAUCCUGCUCCAGAGAGAUAUGCAGUACUAUCAGCAGAAUCAAGUGGUACUCCAAGAGACAAUUUGUCCAGGUAUUGUUGGUGGGAAACUCGAUUUUCCGCGCUAUGCUUCGUUUGCUGCUGUUAAAAUUGUUCGCUGGUGGGAAGAUGAGUAUUACGCGGCUUACAAGAAAAAUUCCGGACUCCUGAAUUUAUUCGAUAUCAAGGAUGAGAUUCAUGAAGAGUCCGAGGAUGAUUUGGGUGCUCACUGUGGAGGAAUUGUCAAGACAUCUGAUCCGGAAAAAUUUGUAAAUUUGCUAACGAAAUGCGCAGAUAAAUUGCUUGAGCACAUUCAUCAUCUCAGUCAGGAAGCUCUAGAUCAUGCAGAUUUGACCGUACUUACGGCUACAAUUGGUGCAGCUGCUCUGGUGAAGAACAGCAUCUGGAUCUACUUGCAGAAUGUAUCAGUGUCUGUUUGUCCACCGCGCGGUGAUGAGAAGGGAGGCUCUUUGAAGAUGAGCUACAAGCAGUACUCAGAACUAACAGAAGCUCUGGCAGAGCGUUUGCUAGAUCUGCACUGUCGUCUUCUUACACUCUACAUCCUCCAGGAUGCAGAGACUCUCAACUGGGAGAACCAACAGCCCUUCUUUGAGUCCGAACGAGGCUCCUAUACUGUUCAAAUGUGGUGGCUCUAUAUGCAAGGCACCCGGAAGGAUCUGUGGAACUCUGUUCCUCCCAACAUGGCUCAGCGUGUUUUCGCCGGAAUGCUCAAUGAAACCCUCACUGUCUUUACCAUUCGCUACACUCAACUCAGUCCAAGCCAGGCUCGCUCCCAACUCCUUCUCGUAGACAUCUGCAAUAUCCUACAUUGCGUAGCUGAACUUCUCCCGGCUAUUUCUGAAAAUGCCGAAGCCUACGUCGGAUUGAACAUAAUUAACCAAACAAAGACCAUCCGAGACAUUCAUGCAAAGUGUCAGGAACUUUUCUCUUGUCUUCUGCUUCGGGGAGCACCGCUCGGAGUCCUGUUUAGAGUCCUUAAGAAAGGACCAGCUUCGAUGGGAAUGAUGACAUCGCGACAGGGACUCCCGGCCCCUUGGAUCAUCUUUACACUUCCAAAAAUGUUUCCCACCAAUCAGAAUGGGCACUGGGCAACAAGAUGCUCAGAGUUUGGACCCAAUACUGCUUUGAGUUUGGAAUUGAGGGUCCUCAUGGGAGCGCCUCAGGCUAAUUGGUCACUACUGUUGAAAGUAUUACUAAUGAGGGAUGCUAAUCUCUCUAUGAUAAUUCUCCAUCAUCUGCUGAGCAAUCAACCCUCCAGUGAUCGUUUCGUAGCCGCAUUGGCACAGCCUUUGCUGAACAGGAAGAAAUUCGCCAAAAAAUGCGAAGGAUUCAUGUGUGGAAUGGAGUGUACAAAAGUUGAAGAGUGGACGAAGGAAGAUGUUGAUCCAGUAGGUCAGACAAAUUAUCAAGUCGUCCUUUCACUGGUUUACGUUGUCGUGAUGACGGGGAAAAUGCACGAUAUCAAUCUUACGCUGAUAUCAGCUCUAGAAAAAACUCAAGUUAAGGAUUGGGCAGCUGCCCUUGAUCGACGUCAAGUUUGGAAUCAGAAGCGUCCAGCUUGGCUUGAAGCUUUGCUUCACCUUGUUUAUCCCGUACUUGAUCCUGUUGUUCAUAUGCUGAUUUCUGCCGUUCACACUGGCAACGCUUCAAUGUACCAGGCGAUGUCCUUAGCUAUAUCCUGCUUCUCAGAAAUGUGGGACUGUAUCCCGGAUUGUUUGUAUAAGGUAUCGAUAGCUCUAAUGGACAUCAUCCCAGCUGAUGUUCGUCCACUUGGAGAUUCAGUUCUCAUCCAAAUUCUCUUCAUGGCACUCUACACCAAACUCCUUGAAGUUUGUGAGAACGAAAGUGAUAAAGAUUCUGAGAAAGCUUCCAUUUGCCAGACUGUCGCUGAAGCCAUAUGCUCAGUGGAUGCCGAUAACAAGCAUACCGAUCAGCUAAGUUUGUUUCUCAAGCAAGCUAGGGAUACGCAACUGGCUCCAACAACAGUUGAAACAGCUAUGGAGGAGACUGUAGGCCUUAGCUUUACCUCCACUGUCAAAAUAGAUGAUCUCGAGGCUGGGAUGCAGCCUAGCACUAGUUCAGGAGAAGAAUUUGACGUUGAGAACGCAGACUACAUUGCAGAAAUGCUAGCAAGCGAUGUUCUAACAACACCAGUGGGAAAGCAGAGUCUUAGAAUUCUCUUUCGCUACAUCAAAAACAAUCUCGAAUGGAUCUACCAACAGUUGGGAGUCAGUGAAGUUGAGAAGAGUGAACUACAACCUCUUCCUGGUCAGAAAAUUGAAGAAGAUUCGCAGACACUGUUGCACAUAAUGUUUCACAUAGGACAACAACCUUUUGAUCAACUACUUACCGGAGGACUUAGGAUAGACUAUGGAUCCUGGCUUCAAACUCCCAUGUCUAUGAAUGUUGAGAGUGCUUGGCUACAAAUUUCUCAGAGAUUUGAAUUUAAGGAAGGUUCUAAAUUGUCUCUUCACGAUACCACUAUGGUUGCUUUCAUUACGUCUCAGUUGAAGCAAGCUAAUUGA